CGCCUUAUGACCUCCGCAUUCUCACCCAUCACACGUCCACCAUCUUUGCGCCUGAGUGCUGCGUCCGCCGGAACAAGCGUCACCUACAUGCGCGCUCUCUAGGUCGCCCGUCGCUCCUGCUUCGCUGCAGGGCCCUCACCGCCCACCAUGUCCUCCUCCGCUCGCUAUGCCCAUCCCGCCGCAUCUUCAGCCGCCCCCCCGCAAGCCGCCUAUCGUGCGCCGGCUGCCGUCUCCCAUGCACCGCCGGGCACCUUUGCCCCAGGGACGAAAGUCCAGGUGGGCAAUCACCGCGUCGCGAUUGAGAAAUACCUUUCCGAGGGAGGCUUCGCCCAUGUCUACCUGGUCCGCGUCCCCAAGACCGACAAUCGCACGCCGGAAACUGCGGUGCUAAAGAGAGUUGCGGUGCCGGAUAAAGAGGCGCUGGCGAAUAUGCGGACCGAGGUGGAGACCAUGAAGAAGCUGAAGGGCCACAAGCACAUCGUGACCUACAUCGACUCGCACGCUUCGCAGUUGAAGGGUGGCGGCUACGAGGUCUUCUUGCUCAUGGAAUAUUGCUCCGGCGGGGGCCUUAUUGAUUUUAUGAAUACCCGGCUACAACACCGACUCACGGAGCCAGAGAUUCUGCAUAUUUUCUCCGAUGUGGCCGAGGGAGUCGCUACGAUGCACUACCUGAAGCCGCCGCUAUUGCACCGCGAUCUCAAGGUCGAAAACGUUCUGAUUACUGCGGUUGGCUCCACCAGGAUAUACAAGCUCUGCGAUUUUGGAUCGACGGCGCCGCCGCGGCCUGCUGCGACGACGGCUGCGGAAGGGAGGCUGAUUGAGGACGAUGUGCAACGGCACACCACGCUGCAGUACCGAAGCCCAGAGAUGAUUGAUGUCUACAGAAAGCAGCCCAUAGACGAGAAGAGUGACAUCUGGGCAUUGGGUGUGCUUCUCUACAAGUUGUGCUAUUAUACGACGCCGUUUGAAGAGGUGGGACAGAUGGCUAUCUUGAAUGCGACCUUCAAAUUCCCCUCCUAUCCCCAGUUUUCGGAUCGCAUAAAGAAGUUCAUAUCCUCCAUGUUGCAAGAAAACCCCAAGAAUCGACCGAACAUCUACCAGGUGAUUGUUGAAGUCUGCUCUAUGAGGCAUAGAGCCGUGCCAAUCAAAGAUAUAUAUUCCAAUCGAACCCAAUCAGAAGACCGGAGGAACCAGCAGCUACCGUCUCCGGAGCCGAGUGUCUCUUCACCCCCUAUAAUAGGACUUCAGAAGGUCACUCCUGUUCAACAGGUUCAAUCCAUCCCAGACAUCACUCCAAUGAGGAGGGGACGGCCGACGGCUCCAGUCCAGGCACCGACCGCCGCAAAACCCAGUCCUUCUCCAAUGAGAGGAACGGCGUCCGACCCGUUCGCAGCUCUCGAUUCAAACAACGUGGAGGUGCGAAGAGCGGCUGCAGACGAGCUAGCAGCGCGUUUCCCUUCGUUGGACGAGUUUUCAUUGCUGCACGACCGGGGCCAGAAGUUUGAAUUUGGUCAACCACCAACGAACUCCGAUUCCCAACUCGGCACGAGAGUCACGCAGGCUCUUGCGGACGAGGCCUUUGCGUUUCCUCCCGCUACCAAGGUGGAAGCAGCACCACCGGCGAAGGCUCCCUCAGCUGUUCCUUCUGCAGGCAUUUCUCGGGCUACUUCCGUCAAGAAACCACAGAAGUAUGAGCCGGCCAAGGUCACCCCACGUACCUCCAAUCCCACCAUUCAUCAGCCAGUCCCGCAGCGGUCGACCAUGGUAUCUACUGGGGUGCAGACGUCCCCUUCAGCUUCUCCUGCGCCUGCUCAAUCUCCACAGAAGUUUCCUGAAGUCAACAAACGACCCAUCUGGCGCGUGCCGGAUACAAAUCACCACAACCGUACGCUAAGCCAGCCACGGAAGUUCGAACCGUCUCAACCCAGCCCAUCCUCCCUCAGGCCUGAUCACACUCUCCCACCUCGUCCGUCACUUCUUGACUCCUCGAGGUCCAGAUCACAGACCUCCACGCUCACGAUUCCAAAAUCUCCGGCGUCUUCACGGCCUUCGCUAGAAAGCCAGCGUCCUUCUCCCCUAGACCUUGGAAAUGCUCUGGACAGGUCCAAAUCUGCGAACGCCCAGCGACCGGUCAGUAUUCAUGUUGAAUCCAACCUCGAGUUCCUUCGUGAGCGCGAAGGAGCCCCCGGACGUAGCUUUGAUGCACCUUCGCUUUCAAGGGGUCCACCAUCUGCAGCGCUUCAAGACUCAGACUCAGAAGCAGACGAUAGGAACAUCACCUCGAACGUCGGCUUUCUGCGCGCUAUGGAAAAUGAGGAAUCGAGCCAGAAGAAACAUCGCCGAAGCAGCAGUCAAUCGAAGCAUGCCAAGCGCUCUAGUCUAUCCUCAAUAACGAGCAACACCAAGAACAUUGUCAAAGGCAAAUUUGGGGACGCUUUCAGGAAAUUCGAGAGCAACGCUCCUCAAGACCGAGUCCGGGAACCGCCACUGACCCCUACCGACCAACUUAUAGAUCCUCGUGGCAAGGCGUUAACACCUAUCGCGGGCUCUGAAGCUACAGGUGGACCCAGCGAUGACGAGCGCGCCAUUGAUGAGACUCAAGAUCUGCCACCAGAAGUUCGCCGCGAACUUGAACGACGGCGGCUGUCGCAAGAGGAACGUCGUGUCGAAGCAGCCGCAGCCGAAUAUCGCAAACGUCUCGCAGACCAGGGAGAGCAUGGGAAAGGCAAAGCCGGUCCAUCGCGCGCUUCUACAAUUCAAACCCGCGUGAAGAAUUUGCUGGACGAGAGUCAGAAGCAGUCGCCGGUCAACAAGACAGCCGAGGGGUAUGGACAUUUCACCGAUUCGGGCAAGGCGCUGCCUAAGAGACCCCAGGAUCAGACUGGGCUGAGAGAGCGUCCAGCUAUUGCCCGCAAACCUGUUGCCCUGCCUCAGCAACCCCAGCCUCCAUCCUCAGAGCUCCAAUACGCAAAGCCCAGGCCAAACAUCGCACAUCCGCCUACGUCUUCCUCCGCUCCGCCAGCAGCGCACCGUACAGCGACUGGUCCAUCUUCUGCACGACCCCUGCCACCGCCGAAAAAGCAAGCUUUGCGUACAGGUGGACCGAGUGAUUUCUCCGCGGCGAAGCAGACCUCCGUUGUUGGUGGCACAGGGAGAGAAAAGCCGCUUCCACCUGUUGCGGGCAAUGCCGGCGCCGCGGACGAGGAUUGGGACGUAGACAGCUUCAGCAAGCGAUAUCCCAGCUUAAGCGGGCUAGAGAUGGUGGAGACGGAGAUCCCGGCGCGGGCGAGGACUGUCCGGGACGUAUAAGUAGAUGACGGCAUAUCUCGACGUUGGAUUGUUGCAACGCCGUACCAUGACAUAGAACUGCGGUGGGACUUUUCCUGAUUUGAUCUGCAUGAUUUAGCAGCAGCAUAGAGCAAAGCACUUAUUUAAGCGUCUGUUACGCCUGCCUGCCUGCCUGCCUGCCUGGGUAUAUAGAAACGGCAUUACUGGAUAGUCAAUGAAUGUCCCC